AUAUACAUUAUGGCUAUAAAGCAGCUGGUUUUUCCUUUCACAGGUACUUGACACUAGAUGAAGUAGACAGAUUAGUUGAUUUGGGCUUUGAAGAUGACAUAAGGGAAGUUUUUGACCACUUUAAAGCUCAAAGGCAAACCUUUCUGUUUUUUUGCUACCAUGCCAACCAAAAUUCAGAAUUUUGCUAGAAGUGCUUUAGUAAAGCCAUUUAUUGUUAAUGUGGGAAGAGCUAGAGCUACAAAUCUUGGCAUGAUUCAAGAAGUUGAGUAUGUGAAGCAAAAGGCAAAGAUUGUAUAUCUUCUUGAAUGCCUACAGAAAACCCCUCCACUGAUCUUAAUAGUUUGUGAGAAUAAGGUUGAUGUGGAUGAUAUUCAUGAAUAUCUUCUCCUGAAAGGAGUGGAAGCUGUUGCCAUUCAUGGAGGCAAGGAUCUGGAAAAGAGAGAAUAUGCCAUUUCAUCCUUCAAAGCUGGCAAGAAAGAUGUCUUGGUUGCAACAGAUGUUGCCUUAAAACGAUUGGAUUUUCCAGAUAGUCAACAUGUGAUUAAUUAUGAUAUGCCUACAAAAAUUGAAAACAAUGUCCAUAGAAUUGGAAAAACUGGGAGAUGUGGUAAAACUGGAAUUGCAACAACAUUUAUAAAUAAAAGUCAAAGUGAGACGACUCUUCUUGAUUUUGAAGCACCUCUUGCAAGAAGCCAAACAAAGGAUUCCACCUGUCUUGGUUGGGCUUAAUAAUCCAAUGGAAGAUGUUGAUGCAAUCACCAAUGCAAGUGGUAUUAAAGGUUGUGCUUAUUGUGGUGGAUUGGGUCAGUGCAUCUGAGAUUGUCCUAAAUUAGAGCAUCAGAAAAGCAUGCAAAUUGCAAGUUCUAGAAAGGAUUAUUUUGGUUCUGGGGUUGUAGAGUGAAGAUCUAAUUUUCAUUACUUCACAUGGUUGACUACUUGAUAGGUAGUUUCUUUAUGUUCUUUUGUUGUGUAUUAUUUUUAGAGGUGGUAUCGGCUAAAAGGAAUUCAUCUUCAAUAUAUUUUGUUCGUUUGCAAUGCUCAAUUUUUCUAUAAAUGGUUUGCACAAUU